CGCUCACCUCAGCGGAACCCACCUGACUCAUUUCUCACCCACUACUGGACGGCGGGCCGUGCCGAGGGAAUGACGGCUCACUCACGACUCCCUUUACGACCGCCAAGCCUGUGACGCCCAGCUUCACACACCGCAACUUCCUGAGCAUCGAUAGGGUCGCAGGCGAGGGACAAUAGGAGUAGCCUUGGCUGAACCGCCGGACCGAAAAGGACCGGGCUCUCGCUCGAGCUGCACCCUACGUACGACACAAAAAAGCGACGAGGACGUAACCUUUAACGAACAACAUCAUGACAAAGGAUCGGGGAGUAGGGGAAGCGGUUUCACCGACGAAUGUAGAUGCGAAUAGCCAGGACGAUACUCGUGGCACCAAUGGGCCAGCGGUCGACCACGAGUCUGGACAGACACCAAGGUCGCAGCGACCCGUAACUCCGCUCCCAUGGCGCCAGCUCUCCAUUCUUUGCCUCAUGCGCCUUGCUGAGCCCGUUGCCUUUACGCUCUGCUUUCCCUUCAUCGGCGACAUGCUCUGGGACCUCAAGGCGACGACAGACCGGGGCCAAGUGGGCAUGUAUGCCGGCAUCGUCGAGAGCGCCUUUGCCGCCGUGCAGACGCUCACCGUACUCCAGUGGGGUCGGGCAUCGGACAAGCUGGGCAGACGGCCAAUCAUUGUCAGUGGCCUCAUCGGCUCGUCCAUCUCGACGCUGCUCUUUGGCCUUUCGAAGUCCUUUUGGUUCCUCGUUGCAGCUCGAUGUCUCAAUGGCGCACUCAACGGCAAUGUCGUCGUGUAUAAAAGUCUUAUUGGAGAAAUGGAGUCGACCGAUCGCUCCAACGUUGCUAGAGCCUUCUCGCUCUUGCCGCUCAUGUGGGCCGCCGGCUGCUCCCUCGGCCCAGCGAUUGGAGGCUACCUAUCGCGACCAGCAUUGCGGUACCCCCAUCUGUUCGCUGCCCACGGCUCACUUGGCUUCAACGGCCUCUGGGAAGAAUACCCUUACUUUCUACCUUGCGUUGUCUCCGCCUGCAUCACUUGGAUUAGCGUUCUGCUUGGUGUGUUCUUCCUCGAAGAGACGCUGCCGAGCAAGGUGCAGGCCAAGAGAGAAAAAUUUGCGAGGAAAAAGGCUGCAAAGGCUGCCCAGGAGCAACGCGACGAAGACCGAAGCCCGCUGAUGGGUUCAUCUUCGGAUGGCCGCGCAAGAUCUUCUUCUCCCACGUCGUAUGGAGCCACAGCUGCCUCUCCUCGUCCCGAUGGGACUGUGCCGUCGCGACCAUUGACGGAAAGGUCGCCGGAGCGUCUCAAGUACCAUCGCUCGCUCCGUGAAAGCCUCUUGGACUCGUUCCGAGGCCACAAGCAGCCACAGGGUGUCGAUAAUGGCCCUACAGCUGCGGGAGAUUCGGGGCUUCCUGGGUCAAGACCCUCUCGUCCCAUACCGAGGCCGAUUCGCGGACGCUCUAGAUCAUAUCUUGGUCAUGUUCAAAGCUGGACGAGCGGCUUCACGCCCCAGGGAAGUCGAGACCUCACCCCAAUCGGUAGCCCGAAUUUGGGAAGCAAUGCACAGCUUGGAGAAGAUGCCGAGGCUACCCCGACGGCAGCAGAAGAAGGACCGCAGUCGAGACCGUCCAAAUCCGAUGGGAGCGUCAUGAGCAUGCUCCGUAACGCUCAGGUUCGCAGAGUCAUGGUCAGCUACGCCUUUCUGAGCCUGACAAAUGUCGGCAUCGAUAGCGUCCAGGUUCUGUACUUUUGGGAGCCCAUCACGCUUGGCGGCCUCUCCUUUCCCUCGACCAUUACGGGAACCCUGCUCUCCUGCUCUGGUCUCCUCGGCGUCAUUGUCCAGCUCUUUCUCUUUCCCAAUAUCCAGCGCAGAAUCGGCACGCUGCCUCUUUACCGGCUCUGCAUGACCAUCUUUCCCCUCGUGCCCCUCAUCCUGCCGCUGGCCAACUUGGCAGCGCGAAGAGGGCUCAGAGAGGGUCGCGAACACCACGAGGAAGGCGGUUUUGAGCAGGACGUCCUUCCUGCCUCGCGCGUCCUCGUCGAGAUCCUUAUCGGGAUCGCGAUAGGACUUAGGAUGCUGGCAAUCAUGGCUUUCUCCUCGCAAAUCAUUCUCGUCAACCAAGCAGCCGCCCUCUGUCCCGGCGCCCAGUUGGGCACCCUCAAUGGGCUGGCCCAGAUGGCGUCCUCGAUCUCGAGAGCCUUUGGCCCGUACGUCUUUUCAUCGCUCUUCUCUCUGUCUCUGACAGAGCAGAUCCUCGGCGGCAAUCUGAUCUGGCUCGUCAUUUUCGUCGUCGCGCUGACGGGAGCGCUGCAGACCUCUGGCCUCGUCGAUGUUGAAAAGAUGAUUGACCGCGGCGAGCUGGGCGAAGAUGCAGCCACCGGUGCGGGCCGACCGUAAUGAGGGGCUCCAGGGCCUGCCAUGGUCCUAUAAUUCUUGUUAAUGUCAUUGUCUUGUUUAGACGCUCAAUAAUGCCAUCUGCUAUCCACGUC